AUGGCGCCACAAUUGCAAAUUUUAUCUAAUGUUUUAGAGCGUUUGAAAGAUAUAAAAGAUAGUGUGACAGGUCAUCUGUAUGGUGUUAUGUAUAAUAAUACAUUAACAGUAUUAACAUUUAGUGUAAGUAUUGUAGACAACAUUGAAGGCAAUAUAAACCAUACAAUGUUGCAACUGCAUAUGCCAGCAGAAGUAUACCUCUGUGGUGUUUUACAUAUUGAUGAAUGUGAAAAAAAACUUCCUGAUACUUUUCAGGACAUUGACAUCACAGAUAAUCCAUUAUUUUUAAAAUACUCCCACCAACAUACGAAAAUAGAAACAUAUUUUUAUAUUCAUCAAAAACUUGAACCUGUCAACAAUGUGAAUAUCAUUAAUGAAAGUGAUAUUCAAAAAGAAUUUAUCUAUAUCAGAUUAAGAGGAAACUUGCCAUUAAUUGCUCAAAAUGGUAAUGUACCGGAAGUGUUAGAAGAAUCAAGAAAAAAUAUUGCAUCUGGAAAAAUAGGCAUUCAAUUUCCAUCAAAAAAUGCUUUUCUUUUUAAUAAUAAUGGAAAGGAUGCAUCUUUGAGAGAACUUUUAGAUAUGCCAGAAUAUUAUGAGAAAACUGCAAAUGUAAAGAAGGGCAUUAUGCGACCAGCUGGUAUUGUGGAUGUUGUGAAUGCUAAUAUACUCUUAAAACUAACUGGAGAUAGACCUUCUGAGGAAUAUAUUAAAUAUGCUCCUGUACUCCAAUAUGUAAAACGACCAUUUCAGAGUUUGGAAUGUAAUUUAUGUAUUGACACACUAUCUUUGGUUAAUCUGAAUGUAAGUUCAGCAGAUUUAUAUGGAAUAUUGGUAGAAUCCAUGUGCCGGAAUAUUAAGUUAAUAGAAAAGUGUUUUGAGGAUCAGAUGAAACAACCUGAACAUUCCAUAAAACUGCCUGUACCCAUACAUUUUAAACCCCAAGGUUUAGGACAUUUGCUUAGUGUAGUCUAUCCAAAUGGCCACACAGAUAAAGAAACGGUGGAAUAUCGCGAAUGCUUACAUAAAAUUUUAGGAUUAGACAUGACCAGACCUCGUUUCCGCAAUGGAAAUGCUGUAAAAUUUUAUAAUGAGUCACAGACAGAUAGUACACUCACAAAUCCUCAUGAAGCAAUUUUACAAAAUGAUGAUAUACUGAAUGGUACACAAGAGAUAGGAAUUGUACAAGGUUUAUAUGCAUAUCAUCAUUAUAUGCAGGACAACUUUGAUGAUAAUGGUUGGGGAUGCGCAUACAGGUCUCUGCAAACAAUUAUUUCCUGGUUCAGAUUACAGGGUUAUACUGAAAUACCAAUACCUUCUCAUCGUACAAUACAGAAAUGUUUAGUUGAUAUAGGAGAUAAGCCCUCGAAUUUUAUUAAUAGUAAACAGUGGAUUGGUUCCACAGAAGUAGGUUUUGUACUAGAAGUUCUUUUAGGCAUUAAUGUUAAGAUACUUUGUGCAUCUACGGGUGAAGAAGUUUCAACAUUAGCUUCAGACUUAAUUCAUCAUUUUCAAACACAGGGUACACCAGUAAUGAUUGGUGGUGGAGUCUUGGCACAUACAAUCUUAGGGGUUAGUUAUAAUCGAGAUACUGAAGAAGUUAAAUUUUUAAUUUUAGAUCCACAUUAUACAGGUGCAGAUCAUUUACCAAAUAUAAUCAACAAACGUUGGUGUGGGUGGAAAAGUAAAGAUUUCUGGAAGAAAGACGCGUUUUAUAAUAUGUGCCUUCCUCAAAGGCCACUCUGCAUCUGAUUGUAUUAAAUUCAAGCAUAAAGAAAGAUUUUAAUACCAUCACACUAGCAGUGUUUAAAUAGACUUGUUGCCAACUAAUAAAUUAAAAGCAAUGUGGUAUGCAAUUAAUUACUACACUUUUAA